AUGGCACAGUUCAGCCUGCACAAGACCCCACAUUGCCUGGUCACACUACCAGAUCACAAUGCUACGUCAAGUGAGAAGUAUGUUGCGUUGAUCGACACAGGCAGUUAUGAGAGCAUGAUCUCUCAUAAGCUUGUCGCCGAACUUGGUCUACCUAUGAGGUAUCUCGACGUGCCCUACACAGCCUACAUUAUGAAUGGCGAAUGCAUUAUGUAUCAUGCAACUGUUACACUUACAUGGCGGUUCGCGGAUAGCACAGACAUCGAGAUCAAUUCUUCCUUCUUGGUGUCCCCUCGUCUACCCGAACCAUUCCAAUUCGUAUUCGGCUCCGACUUGCAAAAUUCUAAGGGGUUCUACUACAACCCUGUCAUCCAGAAGCUGGUUAUUGUUGGGGAAAUUCCCCCUGUACAGCAUCCCGAUGACGAUGGUGCAUCAGGCUCUGCGGUCGAGCUAAGUCUCACAACAGCCUCGGAUUCAUCAUUCGUCUUGCAGAAUUCAGAUACUACCGGGCGAGAUAAUCUACAAGCUAGCCAAUCUGAGAAGACCAAUCUCACUGAGGCAACCUCACCUUCCGAGACCACAGUCGUUAUGGAGACUCCCCACUUCAUCAUAACUGCUACCCAAGACACCGACGACCUUCAGACGAAUGUCUUCACUGUGGAUAUCAAAGCUGCGAGUAUGCCUGCUCGAAAGGCUCGCCCAAAUAAACUCUCGCAUCAUCAUCCCCUCAACAAACCAGAUGCUACCGACCCUACGUUGUUCGAUGAGACUCGAGCCCGAUUGGAAGGCCUCAUUCAAAGAGGAUGUUUGGCUCCUACAACCGAUGACGAUGACGGCUUUAUGUACCUUACCACGACAUAUUAUGGCGUACGAGGAUCGAAAAGGGCACGACCCGUAUUCCCCUUCAGGAAGCUCAAUGAUGCGACCGUGCAACUUCUCAAGGACUGCCCUGUCCGACAAGAUCCGUUGUACUCCAUUCUUGACGCUACAAGAGGGUAUAGCACUCUGAAGCUGAUGGAUGUCUCGGAUGCAUUCUUCCGCAUCCGGACGGGGCCCAACUUACGACAAAUAAUGACG